UGGAAGUAGGUGGGAUAAAUCCAAAAAGAAAAAGUGACAAAGAAAGACGUACGUGCGGGGCAAUUGAGAUUUGAGAGAGUAGAGAAGAGGUGGGGCCCAGAAAAAAAAGGGUAGAGCUUGGGAGAAUCAAAAGUUUGACCGCUCCGCUCCCACAAAUCACUCUUUUCCCUCUCUCUACUCUUUCGACUUGUUCUCUUUCUAUUCUCCUAUUCUUUGUAGCUUUACUACUUUUGCGAAUAAUACCACUUUACCUAAGUUGGUUUUGUUCGUAGAUUAUGCCAAAUUUCUCCCUCAACAUCACCUGCUGAAUGCUGACACCACUGCAACUCCAACUGCUUCUUUCAUAGUCUGUCUGUCUCUAGGCUCCAACACACAAGAAGAAGACCACACUUGUCUUUCCUAUCUCUACUCUGCAUAUCCGCAUACAGGAUUAUAUCCCUCCGAGUCCCAAUCUCCAACUUGUACUUGCCUGCUUUCAGUUCUGCACAUCGUACCCGCCGUCCCGACCUCACUCACUAUCCUCCUUACAUCACACCAGAUUCAGCUCUCCAAGCUGCUAUCUGCUUGGAGAAAUUGGAUUGUCAAGAGAUCUAAAAGUGAGGUUAACAGAGGAGUCUGCAGAAAAAGAGAUCCAUGGCCGAGAGACAAGUAGUUAGAAGCCCAUGAAAAGCAUUUCCUUGGCAACUACCCUUAUAAUUGCUAUGUCCAAUCUUGCACUCAACAGAUACUUUGUACAAGCCGCUUUUUAAUAUUUGUGUCAGCCUGACACGCCAUUUCUUGAUGUAAAUCUGAGAAGAGGAAGGAAAAGUAGGGAAAAAAAAAAUGAAGAAAGUAUGGAGGGUGAUAGUAUGUUUAUCAUCACCAGAACAAGGCCUGACUGGGAUCUUUGGUUUGUGGUUGUUGCUUCUAUUCCACCAUCUCCAAGCCAGACAACUGGUUUCAGCCCAAAAGCAAAGCAAUGAUGAUGUGAUUAAGUUGAUGGCUUUCAAGCGCAUCUCCGUUUCCUCUGACCCCCACGGUGUCUUAGCCAAUUGGACUGAAGAUUCUCCCAGUCCCUGCUCAUGGCGUGGCGUCUCCUGCUCUCCUGAUGAUGGCCGUGUUACUGCCCUCAACCUCAGUUAUUCCGGCCUUGUCGGUGCUCUCCACCUCCCAAACCUAACAGCCUUGUCUUCUCUCCGUCAUCUGUACUUACAAGGAAACUCGUUUUCUGCUGCUGAUCUUUCUGCUGUCUCAUGCAGCCUCGAAACUCUCGACUUGUCCUCCAACGCCAUCUCAAACCAUCUGCCUGCGCAAUCAUUUUUCUCCGCGUGUAACCGUCUGGCUUCUGUUAACCUGUCUCGCAAUUCUAUCUCUGGGGGCAGUCUUAUGUUUGGUCCUUCUUUGCUGCAGCUUGACCUCUCUCGUAAUCAGAUUUCUAAUUCUGCCCUAUUGAACUACUCCCUUUCAACCUGCCAGAACUUGAAACUGCUCAACUUUUCUGAUAACAAGUUUACGGGAACACUUGGUUUCUCUCCCCUGUAUUGCAAGAAUUUAAUAGUUCUUGAUCUCUCAUGCAAUCUCUUUUCUGGACCCAUACCACCGAGUUUGAUGCUAAAUUCUCUGGAGCUUCUUGAUCUCUCCCACAACAACUUCUCUGGCAAGUUCUCCACCCUAAAUUUUGGGCAGUGCAGCAACCUCACUCAGCUCAGCUUGUCUCAUAACACCCUCUCUGACUCUGGGUUCCCAGUUAGCCUCAGAAACUGCCACCUUCUAGAGGCACUUGACUUGUCCCAUAUUGGGCUGCAGGGCAAGAUUCCAGGGGGCUUGUUGGGAAAUUUUAAAAAAUUGAAGCGACUAUCUUUGGCUUAUAAUCUGUUCACUGGUGAAAUCCCUCCUGAGUUGGGACAGGCUUGUGGAGCUCUCGAGGAGCUUGAUCUGUCAUCUAACAAACUGACAGGUGGAUUGCCUUCAGCUUUUACAUCAUGCUCUUCUUUGCAACUUUUGAACCUAGGAAACAAUCUACUUUCAGGAGAUUUCCUCAGUGCAGUUGUGAGCAGUGUCCCCAACUUGAGAUAUCUUUAUGUACCAUACAACAAUAUUUCCGGUUCUGUGCCCUUUUCACUCACCAACUGUACUCAGCUUCAAGUGCUUGACCUUGGUUCUAACGCCUUUAAGGGGAGUAUCCCUCCAGGAUUUUGCUCUUCAACCUCAGCCUUGGAAAAGAUUCUUUUAGCCAACAAUUACCUCGCAGGAAGUGUGCCCAUGGAGCUCGGAAACUGCAAGAACUUGAGGACACUGGACCUUAGUUUUAACGGCUUGAAUGGUCCCAUUCCCAUAAAUAUUUGGAAUUUGCCAUAUCUUUCUGAGUUGGUUAUGUGGGCAAAUAACAUCACGGGUGAGAUCCCAGAGAGCAUUUGUCUCAGUGGAGGAAACCUGGAGACCCUGAUUCUCAACAAUAAUCUCAUCAGUGGAAGCAUACCACAGUCCAUUGGCAAGUGUACCAAUAUGAUAUGGGUGUCACUUUCCGGCAACAAUCUUACUGGGGAAAUCCCUUCUGGUUUUGGAGAUCUUCCGAAGCUUGCUAUCCUGCAAUUAGGUAACAAUUCUCUGACUGGGCAAAUUCCACCUGAGCUUGGUAAAUGCCAGAGCCUCAUUUGGCUUGAUUUAAACAGCAAUGACAUCAGUGGUGCCCUUCCACCCGAGCUUGCAAACCAAGCUGGCCUGGUCAUGCCCGGAGGUGUAUCGGGGAAGAAAUUCGCAUUUGUAAGAAAUGAGGGUGGAACAGCUUGUAGGGGUGCUGGAGGUUUAGUUGAGUUUGAGGGAAUAAGGCCAGAAAGGCUUGAAAGUUUUCCCAUGGUUCAUUCUUGCUCAUCGACUAGAAUUUACUCUGGUAUGACAGUAUACACCUUUACCAAUAAUGGAAGCAUGAUCUACCUUGAUGUCUCUUAUAAUAAUCUGUCAGGUAGUAUUCCUGAGAAUUUUGGUACAAUGAGCUAUCUCCAGGUCUUGAAUUUGGGACACAAUAAGCUAAGGGGAAACAUUCCUGAUAGUUUUGGAAGCUUGAAGGCGAUUGGUGUCUUGGAUCUCUCUCAUAAUAAUCUCCAAGGAUAUCUGCCAGGUUCAUUAGGGACUCUCUCUUUUCUUAGUGACCUUGAUGUAUCCAACAACAACCUAACCGGUUCCAUCCCUACUGGAGGUCAGCUCACCACUUUCCCAGCCUCCAGAUAUGAGAACAACUCUGGACUUUGCGGGGUACCCUUGCCUUCUUGUGCCACUGGAGGCCAUUCGACAAGCCUUCACCCUCGGAAUAAGAAGCCACCUGUGGCAGUCGUGAUGGUGGUUGGCAUCACAUUCUUCCUUUUGUGCAUCCUUGGAUUAACUUUAGCUCUUUAUCGAGUGAAGAAGAACCAGCUUAAGGAGGAAAUGAGAGAGAAAUAUGUUGAAAGCCUACCAACUUCAGGCAGCAGUUUCUGGAAACUCUCUAGUGUCCCUGAGCCUUUGAGCAUCAACAUUGCCACUUUUGAGAAGCCUCUACGAAAGCUGACCUUCGGCCAUCUGCUUGAAGCAACUAAUGGUUUCAGUGCGGAAAGUUUGAUAGGGUCUGGAGGGUUUGGCGAGGUCUACAAAGCACAGCUGAGAGAUGGCUGCGUAGUUGCAAUCAAGAAGCUGAUACAUAUCACAGGGCAGGGAGACAGAGAGUUUAUGGCAGAAAUGGAAACUAUUGGGAAGAUCAAGCACCGGAACCUGGUUCCUUUGCUGGGUUACUGCAAGGUUGGAGAGGAGAGGCUGCUGGUUUAUGAGUACAUGAAAUGGGGAAGUCUGGAGUCUGUUCUUCAUGACAAGGCCAAAGGAAGAGGGUCAAGGCUUGACUGGGCAGCUAGAAAGAAGAUAGCUAUAGGAUCAGCACGAGGUCUUGCAUUCCUUCAUCAUAGCUGUAUUCCUCACAUUAUACACCGGGACAUGAAAUCGAGCAAUGUACUCCUUGAUGAAAACUUUGAGGCUAGAGUUUCUGAUUUUGGCAUGGCAAGAUUAGUUAAUGCCCUUGAUACUCAUCUUAGUGUCAGCACACUAGCAGGGACUCCGGGAUAUGUUCCCCCCGAGUACUAUCAGAGUUUCCGGUGUACGACAAAAGGUGACGUCUAUAGUUAUGGUGUCAUAUUGCUAGAGCUUCUUUCUGGCAAGAGGCCUAUAGACCCAUCUCAGUUUGGCGAUGACAACAACCUUGUAGGGUGGGCAAAGCAACUUCACAGAGAGAAGAGAGUUGAUGAGAUAUUGGACCCUGAGUUGAUGAUGAAGGAAUCUGGUGAGGCAGAGUUACACCAUUAUUUGAGGAUUGCCUUUGAGUGUCUCGACGAUAGGCCCUUCCGGCGUCCGACCAUGAUACAGGUGAUGGCAAUGUUCAAAGAGCUUCAAGUUGAUUCAGAGAGUGAUAUCCUUGAUGGUUUCUCACUCAAAGACGACAUUAUCAACGAAUCAUGAGGGAAUGAGCAUACAACUUGGGUUGUAAAUGAAAAGGUGUUUCUUUCUUCCUGCCAUCCUGCAUAUGUGGUGAGGUUGAGUCUGCAGAUGAUGUAGCUCUGAUAUUUGCAGAUAGCCUUUCAUUCAUAAGUUUUUGCUCAGUGUAAAUAAUAGAACACACUGAAAGUUGAAAGAAAACGUAGGGGUGGGGUGGGGUCUUCAGUUCAGAUUCUAAAACCGGACUGCAUUACAAUUUCUUUCCUUAAACUUCAUCUGUCACCUACACUUUGCUCCAUUUUCAAUUUCCAGCCACAAUUUUGCUAACUUCUUUCAUUUGUGGUCCAUUAAAGAGCAUUAUGUAAAGUUUAGUGAAUUACGAUAACAGCAACCGGAUCCCAAAUUGAUUCACAAA